AUGGGAAAUUGCUUUGAAACGGUAAGGAAAUCGGCGGCGGAGAUUGCGCCGUCAGAGUUGAUUAAGGGCUCUCCGGUCAUCAAACUCUACGGCCCACCGAACAGUAUUGCGACCUCAUACAUUCGAUUUGCUCUCCUUCACAAGCCGGUUUCUCUCCAAUUUAUCCCCUCUGAGACCCACGAAACACCGGUACUGAUUUUCCAAUCCGAAGUCGUUACCGGCUCCGUCGAGACCAUGCUCCGUUACUUGGACGGAAAAUUUCCCGACCCGCCAUUGACAAUUACUACUAGUAACAAUGUUGGGGGGUGGUACGGCGGAACGACGCCCAUGGUGGUGUGGGUGGUCGUGUUGCAACACCGGAGUCUGAUGUGGCAUCUGGAGAGGAUGGUAAGGUGGGCGGAGGACAUGGCGGCGCGUGGAGGGAAAGCGCGUGGCGAUCCUGCAAUGGGGAGUCCAAGAAUGGAGGUGAAGAAAUUUGGGAGAAAUUAUUCACAAUUGCUUCAGAUGUUGCUUGAGCAUGCCCAAAUGGAAGAGAAAGUUGUCUUUCCAAUCUUGGAAUCUGCAGAUCGAGGACUGUCCAAAGUUGCAAACGAGGAACAUGCAAGAGACCUACCUUUAAUGAAUGGUAUCAAAGAAGACAUUAAAUCCAUUGGAGUUUUGGAUUCAGGGAGCCCUGUGUACCAAGAGUUCGUCUCCAACCUUUCUUCGCGGCUUAAAACAUUAAAGGAACAUUGCAAGGAACACUUCGAGGAGGAGGAGAAAGAGCUAUUACCAAUGAUGGAGGCAGUGGAAUUGAGUAAAUCGCAACAAGAGAAAGUAAUGCAGCAGUGCAUGGAUGUGAUGCGUGAAACUCACUCUCACCUAUUUCGCUUUUUUAUGGAAGGUCUCCGACCUCUGGAUGCCAUGCAGUACUUGGACAUGAUUAAGAGAUAUUGUGACAAUGUUCGUGUAUCAUUGAUGCUCCAUAUGAUUGUUGAUGCUCCACAUUGAUGGUCCAUUGCCCUAAUUAAUGAUAACACCAAUCUGGUGCUAACUGGUAAGUAAUAUUUUUUUGUGUUUUCUUAAUUUCUGGGGCCUGGCCUGUGGUUACCAAGUUGAGACUUUAUCCAUUAGAUACUCUUGUGAUGGUGCUUACUGUAGGUGAAGAUAAAAAAAACAGUUGUACUUGCUAUUGCCAGCCUAGUUUGUAAAUUCGAAAAUAUUACCCCAAUUGUCUAUGCAUUAGAGAAUUUUCUCAAUUGACAAAUGUGAUUCAUUUUCAUAUGGUA